AUGAAUGCUGAUACUUGUGUUUCUUAUUGUGAUCCGGCUGCCAUGGAUUCCUACUACAACGCAGCCUCCCAGGACACAGAAGGCUCCUCGCCUUUUAGGGCAUUUCAAGCAAGUGACAAGUUCAGCCCUACUUUCCUGGCCAGCAAAGGACAAGGCUUUGGUGACAGCAGCACUAAGUGCCGGAGCCGCUACAGCCAGCAGGAAUGUCAGUCCCUGGAUGGCAGUGUGCAGGCUGCCGGCUCUGCCGGGGCUCCGGCCUCCUUUAACAAAUACCCUCCGCAGCAACAGCCGCCUCACCUCUACAUGCAGCGAGGCCCCUGUAAAACCCCCCCGGACAGCAACAUCAAGCUGCAAGAGAGCAGCGGCCACAACGGGACUCUGCAGGUCUCCUGUUACGGUAAAGACAGUGCUUUGGGAGAGGCCGACUUGCAGCCGAGCUCUGACCCUUCGGGAAUGGACAGCAGCUACCUCAGCGUGAAGGAGGCUGGGGUGAAAGUGCCCCAGGACAGGGCCAGCACAGACCUCCCCAGCCCCAUGGACAAGGCCGACUCGGAGAGCAACAAGGGCAAAAAGCGGAGGAACCGCACCACCUUCACUAGUUACCAGCUGGAGGAGCUGGAGAAGGUCUUCCAGAAAACCCACUAUCCUGAUGUCUAUGCCAGGGAGCAGCUAGCCAUGAGGACAGACCUCACCGAGGCUCGUGUACAGGUGUGGUUUCAGAACCGAAGAGCAAAAUGGCGCAAGAGGGAGCGGUUCGGUCAGAUGCAGCAGGUCCGGACCCACUUCUCCACUGCCUAUGAGCUGCCUCUGCUGACCCGUGCUGAGAACUAUGCCCAGAUCCAGAACCCCUCCUGGAUUGGCAACAAUGGAGCUGCCUCUCCUGUGCCUGCCUGUGUCGUCCCCUGUGAGACGGUGCCCUCCUGCAUGUCCCCCCAUGCCCACCCCCACGCGGCCAGUGGUGUCUCCGAGUUCCUCGGCGUCUCUGGCCCUGGCAGCCACGUGGGACAGACUCACAUGGGUGGCCUCUUUGGCACGGCCGGGAUGAGCCCCAGCCUCAAUGGCUACGAGCUGAACAGCGAGCCGGACCGCAAGACCUCCAGCAUCGCUGCCCUGAGGAUGAAAGCAAAGGAGCACAGCGCCGCUAUCUCCUGGGCGACAUGACAGGGCUGCAGCCCAGUGCCCGUGACACGGAGAGAGCACAUAGGGACAGCUGAACAAAUCCAUCCGCUUGGACUCCAGACAGCAGUUGCCUCCUCGGGGAUCUGAAUGCAGCACUUUUAGCUACCCUAGGCAUAUAAAGUACAUAUGUUAAUGUAAGUGGAGUGUUUCCAGCAUGAACAUGGCAGCUCCUGGCUUCCUGGGAUCAGGCAGGGAGAGGGAGGCUGUGGAGCAGCACUUCUUCCAUCAAGAUCUGGGAUGAGAUGCAUCCCUCCUCACCACCACCUCCCCAGUAACCUGGGCAUUUUUUCUCCCUGCUAUUUUUUCUGACACCAGAUCUGCCUUUCCAAAGAGCAAGAGCCCACUGGCUUUUCAGCAGCUUCUCCCAUCCACCCAC